GUGGCCAAGGCGUUGGAGAGUAAUGCUAUGUAUGUGGAUCACGGCGCGUACACGGCGAAUUACUUCAAGAGCAUUAGCAUAGCGGCGACGAACAAGUUGUUUUUUCAGGAUCAUACGCACACCAGUCCUGCGGGCGUGGAUGUUGUGGCGAAAGCAUUCGUCAAGGGAUUGCAGUGUGGUAGAGGCGACUUCUUGAAGGAUUUCGUUAAGAACGCGACUGCAACGACCCCCAGAACAUGUCUUUGCGUUCAUUGCGAUAGGAAAAGAUCUUCACUUGUAAAUAUUUGA